AUGGACAUCAAGCAACAUCUCGAGCCAGAUACAUUGUAUGAUCGCAUUUUAACAUCAAACCUGAUGGACUAUUUAUUUCUCCCAAACUUGCUGAAGCUCUGUUCCGAAGUGUUAAACCACGACAAUCAUCAAGGAACUAUCAUUACCGAAACAAUAGUGUGGGCACGGGAUAUAAUGCCCGAAGGAGGCUUGUUUUUUCCCGAUUCUGACCAGCCGCAAAUAAUAUCGAAGUUAACACAAAUUGCUCUAGAAGAUACAAAGCGGUCUUCAUUUGCCGACGACGACGGCCAAAGUGUCAUUGAAUAUCUAGAUAAUUCUUGUGCAUUCUUCAAUUUUCUUCGAGCUAUGUUUUACGCACAUCGUUUGAAAAGAAUGAGAGAUAGUGGAUCUACCAACCAGAAACCUACGAUUCCCGUUAUGAAAGAAUUGGGUAAUAAAUUUCAACUGCGUCUUCGUGAUGGUAUUCGAAACGAAAACAGAAUCGUAUUCUUCAAGCCGGCAGUUAACAGGCGAAGAGUGAAUUCUAUUACAGGUUUGGAGCGCAAUUUGGAGUGGGUACCACUGCAGAAAAAGUGA